AUGCCGACCUCGGCACCCUCGCAGAACCCAUACCUGCGCCUAUAUCUACCCAUGGCGCUUGAGGAGCCCUCCACGGCAGCCAAAAAGUGCCUCUUGCAGGGCAUUCUCGCCGUGGCCGCAUACAACAAGGCGGAGCUGUCCACCAGCGAUCGGCGCACCUACCUGCGUCAAGCAGCAGAGUUUAAGAACCAGGCCGCCGAGAUGCUGAGGGACAUUGUCCUGGGGGGCAAUGACUCGCGCCCCUCGACUGCUGCUGGCGCUUCUGUCGCUCUAGGGGAUGACACCGACAAGCAGGCGCUCCUCGCGGCCGCGCUGACCAUGACGACCGUCGAGGUCUUCAGCGGAGAAGACCAGGGCAAGGGCUACGAGAGCCUGCUGCUCGGCAAGCGCAUCAUCCGGCUGACGGGCGGGCUCGGCUGGUGGCUCCAGGACGGCCCGCGGAUGACGCUGCUCCAGAUCUUCCGGUGCCUCGAGAUUGUGGCCCACACGUCGGGCUGGCUGUGCGUGUCACGGUCCUCGAUGCUGUCGGAAGAAGACGUCUCCGACGCCACCAGCACGUCUUCGUCCUCGGACAGCACGGCCGAGAUGGAGAGCCUGGCGAUGGCGCCCUCGCCCACGCACCAGUACACACUAGACGUGUCCUUUGGUGUGGCGAUGAAGACCCUGCGAUGCCUCAACCAGAUCAUUGAGCUCUCGUCCCUGAAAUCCAACGGCAGUGCAGGCGAAUGGCGCGACACCGAGUCCGCCCAGAAAGUCGAGCGGCUGGAGGAGGAGCUCUUUGACUCGCUGGACGACCCGGACGCCUUUAGCGGCCACCAGGAGGCCCCCGGCGGCAGCAGCGCCAUCCAGGAGGGCAUCUCAAGCUACAUCAGCGAGGAGAUCAAGGAGAACCACGUGUGGGCGUUCCACUACGCCACCGCCAUCUUCUUCCGCCGCGCAAUGUGCGACGGCAGGGCCAGCGACACGGUCAACCCGCGAUCGACGGACCGGCCCACGGGCCAGGAGCUCGUGUCCAAGGCGCUAGAGCACCUGGAGAACGUGGACGCGCUGUCCAGCGACAUUGCCGUCGCCAACACGCUGUGGCCGGGCUUCGUCGCGGCCGUCGAGGCGGUAGACAUGGACCUGCGGCACCGGGCGCUCAUCUGGUUCGCGCGGGCGCGCCGCCACGGGAUCGGCAACAUCGCCAAGGCGAAGGCCCUCGUCAUGGAGGUCUGGCGGCGGGUGGACCGUAGCGGCCACUCGGAUCCGUCGAGCGGGCGGCGCGGGGAGCUGGGACACGUGGACUGGAGGGACGUGAUGCGCGAGAAGGGCAUGUACAUCAUGUUGACAUGA